GUGCCUCCACAGUUGCAACACGUCGUCAGCCAACUCGCAGCUGUAAGACGAAAGUCAGUCACAUGGCGGAAUACGAGAAACGAUCGACGGAUCUGAACAAACGAUUCGAAAAGCGAGAAGAUUAAAUCGAGACGCGUCGUGCGAGUUUACGGGAAUUUAGUGGCUCUUUGUGCAGUGCGUGGAUUUACGCUGGCCUGUGUCGUCUUCAAAUUCGUCCAACGAAGAUGUGACGUGGCAAACUGGGGUGAAAAUUGAGCUAGGGGAAAACAAAAUUCCCCACUGGAGGAACGAAUAACGUAAAGACAUAAAAAGCAACUUGAGGAAUUCGGCAUAGCCAGAACGUUCGUAAAACUAUCAGUGCCGGUGGUGGACGCUGUGGCGCGAGGGUGAUCGUUGAAAAGUUGCCAAGUUUACCAUCGCGUCGUCAAGUUUAUACAAGGCUGCGUAACGUUCAAUAAAGAGGAGCUAGUGAAUGGAAUCGCGUUAAGGCUCUGUAACGAGCAAACAAUAUGUGACAUUUGCAAAGAGUCCAGAAGUGCGUGUGAGGAUCGAACAAAUUAACGAAGCAAAAGGUAUUCCCCUGGGACCUUCAAGAAAAAUAGAGAAAGGUUAGUUACGUAGUGCCGCGGCAAAUCUUACGUAAGUCGAAAGAAAUUUAAGAGGAAUCCAAUUUCUUUGACUUUUUUUAGCUCCGUCCGUAGACUGUGUAGUCGAAUCUCGUGACGAUAAACAAACAGUGGAGACCAUUGACAUUGGCAAUAACAAGAUGAAAAACGUACAUCCGGUAAUCGUGGCGAGAACAGCAAGUCCUGUUGGUCCAUCCUCGAGCACGGAAACGUCCCCGGAGCCUGUAAUCAGAUUGCGGCUGGACAAACCCCUUCAUUGGGCCUGGGAGCUCACCACUUCCGCCGACAAGCUGCCGCUUGUGCAAUUGCUGGACAAGGAUGGCCGCCUCCUGGUGGAGACUACCGGCAGGACGGCACAGAGAGCCAGGGGUUCGUUCAAGGACGGUGUAAAGUCUCACGAGAAAAUGGCGGAACCCAAAGAUAGCCCAGAACCCGAAGUCCCCGAGGCCACGUCGAAAAACAGGAAUAUCGACGGAUUCAGCUCGAAGUAUGGAGCUUCGGAAUUUGCUUGUAAACCGCGAAAGUCUCGUAGCGACGCCAAUGUUAGUUUCGCUGAGAGUAAAGGCCGAAAAAUUAAGAAGAGACACUCCACGGGCGUCGAGGCGUCCCUGAGGAAGAUGGAGGCUGAGAACGAUAAGACGAGUAAGGUGAUAAAGAGAUAUUCCGCAGGCGAUUAUCUCAGACAGCAAAUUCUGGAUGAUCUGCAGAGCAGCAGUAACGUUGGUAAGACUGCCGAGGAAAUAGCAGAGGACAGGUGCAAGAAGGUCCAGGCGUAUCUGAAUAGUCAAAGAGAUAACCCGGAGCGCAGCGGUCGGGAUGAAAAGUUGCGGGAAUUGAAGGAUUAUCUGAUAUCGAGAAGAAAAGGCGAGGAGAAGUCGGAAUCUAAAUUCAAACGAGAGGAACUCCAGAGGAUAAAGGGAUAUCUGCAGGAUAAGAUAAAGGCGAAAAUGGUACAGGAAAAAUUGCAAUCCAGCUCGUCUCAGCCCUCCGUCUUCGCAGAUACGAAUCGUGAAAAAUCGCAGGACGUUCGAAAGCGACACUCCGAGUACUUGGAGAACGACCGUAAGAAUUAUCGUACGCGCAAAGUGCGCAGCGACGUGAACAUCAGAUUCGAUCCGGAGGUGUACGAAAGGGAAAGACUGAAAUCGAGCAAGAGAAACUCGAGCGCCCGAUCGGAGAGGCGACCGAGAGAUUACGUGAGGAGCCGAAGCGACGUGGUUUUGGAGAAUUUGGAAAUUGCCGAUAGUGAAAAAGUUAAAAAGCGAAAUUCCUCGGGAUCGGAUAAGCGCAAGGUGUACCGUAAAACGAAGAGCGACGUUCUCCUUAGUCGAAUGGCGGACAGCGUUGAUUCCGAAAAGGAUUUUCAAAAUUCUCUCGGACGAAAAAAUAGCACUGACAGCAUGGAGCGCUCCUGGCGGGAAUACAAGGAACGAAAGAGACACGAGAGACUUCACAGGGAAUCUGGAAACGGCGUGCCCGAGGAAGAUUUCAUGAGCAGACCGAGGUGGAAGGAUUUUCAAACUGGUUCGUGCUGCCUGAAGAAUUGUCGUGUUUGUCAAAAUUUUAAAUUCUGUACCAGUGCCCUCGCAAAGGAACGGGACAAGGACGCAGAGGCAAGCAUGGAUCAAGGUAGAGGAAAAGACUCGGUAAAAGAUAACACUGAAUUUUGUAAUAUCGACGAGAGAGCUGACGUAAUUUCCGUGAAGGAUUCUGACGUCACAGACGGCACGACGGAUCUCGAGAGACCGGCGAGCACGCUGCAAGAAAAUUAUUUACUUCUAGAGCCAAUAAAGUCAGCCGCGAAGGCAGCGACGAUAUCGAAGCUUCGAGUCAGCACGAAGAAUUUCGAGGACGACGGCUCGAAAUUAAACUCACCCGAUUUCGGCUACAAUUCCAUAACGAAGAAUGGUCUCAAGGAUUACAAGGAACUCUAUGCCAAUUCCACGGUGAAGAAGAGCGACACUUUCAAGAUAGUGGACGGCAGUGAGGAUAUCAAGGAUUGCCAAAUUCCUCCAGUUAAUUUUAAAAACAACCCACAAUGGGAUACCGAAAAUUUGAAUCCUCUCGGUAAAUCCGCUUUUCACGCGCGCGAAAAAGAUUCGAAAAAUGAAAAAGCACUGACGCCUCAAUCGAACGAGGACAUCGCAAGGGAUUACUUCAGGCGAGUUUACGAGCUUCUGAAAAAGCGACAGGAAGACGCCAAGAUACUCGCCGAAGGCUCGGUUCCUCCGGGGUACGAGGAUACGUCUUCUUCGAACUGCAUCGAGCAAGUACAGCGAAAGAGACGUCGACGCAAGAAGAAGGACUCUGUUGUUCAAGGUGAGGAAGUCGUGGCCGUUAGGGCGACUCCUGGUGAACGGGAUAGCUGGUCGGUGCAACGGCUCCUAGGCGACGAGCCGCCCAGUCUACGUCUCUGUCGUGGAGAAAUCCAGGACAUCGGCGGCAGCAAACGUCCUCGUCAUCCGCCGCCACCGUCGGUCACGUCCUGCAAGGUCAAUGCCAGGGACAUCAGCAAGUACUUCGACUCGCCGAACAAGGAGAACAGUCCUGGCUAUGGCGUGAACGGCAGCCCGGCACCUCGGGAACAGGAGGAUCGCGGGAACCUUGGCGCAGAUAUGGGCUCGAAUCUCAGCAGGCACAAUGGCAAGGGUCUGACGGGACGCAGGACCCAGUCGUCCGGGAAUCUCUGUGAGCCCAAGGGAAAGCUCAGCAGCGUGGGCAAGAUUCUGGUACCGUGCUCUAGCGAGCAGAAGGACAGGUACAAGUUCUGCGGCUCGUUGCCAAAUCACCUGGACGGCAAGGAGACUCUUGACGAUGAUCCCGGGGAGAAUAAUAACGUGAUACCUGAUACCAUUGCUGGAAAUCUUGGAGGAACAUUGCCGCAUAAGAAACGUACGCUUGGCGUUCAUUUCUCGGAUGGUGGACCAACCGGCACUUUGGAUCUCGUUAAGCAUCGUUCACAGGAUUCAUUGGAUGACAACCCAUGGAGGUAUCGACAGAGCAACGACCUGGACCUGGUGCGCUGCAAGCAUGGAAAUUUCGAUCUGGUGCGCAGAAAUCAAAGUACAGACGCCGUCGACGGUGAUUCAAGCAAGAAGUACAUUCGUGGGCUCUCGUUGGACGAGAGGUGUCAUCGUAGUGCCGAUCUUGACCUUGUGGGAGCCCUGCCAAAGAAGAGGCAAGACUCGAAAGCCAAUAGCCAUCAGGGAAUCGAGUCAGGUCCGCACCAAAAGUCCAACGUGGUGGAUAACGUCGAUGACGACCUGUUGAUGAAACUGGUACACAAACCGGAUUGCGAAUUAAUGAAGCACCGUCACCUAAGCAGAGGCGUCGAUCUUAAGCUGAGCAAACUGAGCGGGGGUGAGCCACAGGAUCAAGGAUACGCCUCGGAACGUUCACCAGAAGACGAGCAUCCGCCAUCCUUACCGGGUCAACCGUUUCCCAGCGUGACUCCUGAAAGUACCUUCCGCGUGACGCUGCAGAAAAGCAGUCGAGGACUUGGCCUAAGUGUCUCCGGUGGUGGUACGGCCGGUCCUGUGAGGGUUAAAAGACUGUUUCCUCAGCAGCCGGCUGCACUUUCGAACAAACUGCAGCCUGGUGAUAUCCUCCUUGCUGCCAAUGGGAUACCACUGACAGGACUGACCAACUACGAGGCUCUGGAAGUUCUAAGAACGACGCCCAGCACCGUGGAGCUAGUGGUGUGCCGUCCACCCGGGGACGCGACGAUUACGCCUCCUGGUGCACCUCCGCCGCCGCCUGCACGUCGAGAGCCGCCUCCGCCCUUACGUAUACUCAAUCCGUUGCCACCUUUGCAGAUAGAACCUUGCGGGGAAUUCGAUAUCGAGAUGACUAAGGUCGCCGGCAGUCUGGGAUUCACUCUGAGGAAAGCUGACAGCAGUGCUUUGGGACAUUACGUCAGAGCACUCGUCCGAGAACCUGCCCUGAGCGACGGUAGAAUUCAACCUGGAGAUAAGAUUGUCGCUGUGGAUGGUGCCCCAUUAUCCCCCAUGAGUCACGAGGAAGCUGUUGCUCUGCUGAGACAAUGUGGACCAAGGGUCAGACUACGUCUUUAUCGUGAUCUUGCUCAGACACCCGUUUCAGCACUCUCCCCUACGGAACCAGAUCAUCCCCUACGUCCACCGCGUACCAGUUUGAGGCAAGAAGCUGUUGACAUGCUGUGUGACUUGGCUGUGCGCAAACUGUCGCCAGGAACUUCAAGCGGAUCGAGUUGUCGACAGUCGCCUGGGGCCUCUUGUAGCUCUCCCAGGAGAUUACGUAGACCAGCCACUAGGACACCCACUGCUGAAAACGAGCAAGCUGGAAAUCCUCAGAAGUAUUACGUGACGCAGAUGUCCACCACAACCCAGGUCGACACCUCGGACUCUGACCAAUGCUCGAUAAAGACUCAAAUAACGAAUUCUCAGCCGAAUACUCCUGUUACGGAUAUAAUUGAUCCUCCGCCUCUUUACGAUGUCUGCGACUCUGGCGAGUCGAAACCUCCAAGACCAAAGUUCUUGGACCUAUCCGCGGCCCAGGGUAAACCGCACUUCCAAUUCAGCCUCGACUCCGACUCGGAGUACACUGGACCAGUGGUCGUUACCGAGACCGAUUCCAAUUUAGCAACCGAAUGCGACUACGAUGACUUGACCAGGGACGUGCCGGCUUUGUCCAGUGACGAGCAGGAUACUAAUUUACCCUCGGAACCAGCCUCCAUGCCACCCGUACUCUCGUCCACCAGCAGCACCAGCACCGCCUUCAGCUACAAGAAUCCUGCCUAUCAAAGUGCCAAUCCUGCUUGUGGUAGCAAUGAGAACAGUGCCAAGAACAAGGCUGCUCACUCUAGCGAUCAGGAUAUUCCAGGCAAAGUUUUGGGUACUGAAGAUCCGGCCGGUAGUAAAGGUCUGCUCAAGUGGAAGGGAGUAAUGUUCACGCCGAGUGACAGCGUCGGAGAGGAUGUAAAGUAUGAGGAUGAGGCUGACAAGAGUACCGAGGAACCAUCCACGACUAGUAGUGCACACGAACAAGAGAAUCAGGUGUUCAUGGUCGAAUUGACACGUGGAUGGAACAGCCGUUUGGGAUUCAGUUUGCAACCCGAAGGAAAUCGUACAGUGAUAUCGGUAGUCCAUGCUGAUAGUGUAGCAGCCAAGGAUGGAAGACUGAAACAGGGUGACGUGUUAAUCAUGGUAAACGACGAGAGCGUCGAGCACAUGUCAACUUCCGAGAUAAUAGACUUAUUACGCAAAAUACGGGGCUCCAUUGGGAUCACGGUCAUGCGGCGAAACAAGUGCGAGAAUGCAACGUGAUGUCAACGGGAUUAACGAAGUUAAUGAUAAUAAUAAAAUGUCUGCUGUAUUAAGAUACAAGGAAUAUGCCAAUUUUUAAUGUAUAUUCUAUAUGAGGACUGCGCUCUGGUGAUUAUUUUGCCAACUGCUAUCUAGUCGACAUUUAAUCAUUUCUUUCAUACGGCAGAGCUUGUACAUUCGAUCUACGACUUUAACGGGAAUUCAUUAGAAAUUUUUAUAGUGAAGAGAAAUUAAUGACCACUCCGUCGUGAUAAUUAUAUUGGUUCCAUCAUCUAAAUGCAUUUAGACGACGAUCGAUAUAAUGAAGUAAUAAAAAUUGAAUUAAUCGAUUAUAACUAUGUACACUGCCGCGUGUAGCACCGUGUCAAAUGUUGGUAUCGCUACAUGAGACAGUAAUUGAAUAAUCAAUGCGUUUUACUCAAAUGAUUUAUUUACUAUCGAUUCUGUGCCGUUUUCUUACUGUCAAUCCUAUUCUGACUCUUCGAUCAAGAUGUACAAUAAUAAUACUCCAUUGUAUAAGGCGUAUAGGGACGAACUCAAUAAUCAAAUAGUCAAUCAAAAAAAAUUGUAUAUAAUACAAAGACCUACGAUAAAAUUUGUUCCCAGCACGUAACGAUGUAUGUAAGUCUAAAGUGAAAUCUAACCGCACGACGAACCUUUUUUUUAUAAAUAUACGAACAAUCGCGCGCUUAUUGUUUUUGUAUCUUAUUUAUCAAUGAAUCAUAGGGCGCGUAAUAAGAUCUGAAUUAAUUGAACAUAUCGCUGAGUUUAUGGUGAACAUAAUCAGCACUGCUUUCAAUGGUGUCGCUUGACGACCGGAAAGUCGGGUAGAUUGGAAAUCCGCCUUUAAUAAAUAAUGUCCAUCGUAUUUAAAUGUUAUAUCCUGUAUAUUAUCUUUUUGCGUAAAUAGGCAAGAUAUUGAAAUUCAUAAUGUAGUUAUAGGUGAAAUUGAAAGUAGAACAUUUUCAUCGCACGUUUUGACCUCCAUAACGUUCUGUAAUUACUGAAUUUUUUAUAGUAACAUUAUUGGAUUCUGGCCAUAUAUCCAUGUCGACGUUGUACAAUGGCAAGUAUACAAAGUACAAUAUCGCAGGAUAGAUAUUAAAGGAAUUCAUUGAUACGUUUGCACAUGCGUGGUGGAAUUAGCACGGUAUUCUGCGAAACAGUAACAAUCGCGAGCGACAACUCAAAAUCAAAUCAAAAUAAAAUUAGCCUAAAUAAGAAUUAUCUUGAGGAAUAAUGAUUAAUGAAUGUGAUAGUUAGCUCUUUUAGGAUGUUAGUACUUUCAGACCUUUAAUGAACGUUAGUUCUAACAUAAAUAUAUAUUAUAUAUAUAUACGGAAAACACACAAACUUUGACCUAGAUAAAUGAUACCAAAGUAAUAUGUAAGUUAUAUCAAAGACAAUUAUUUUAAUGUUCCAUUAAGACUAUUAAAUUAUUAUUAAUGCCUGUUAUAAAACUUGAAAACCCCUAAUUUAUGAGAAAGACGCUAAUGACUGCGUCAUUGACAAUUUUGUCAUUGUUGAUUCCCUGUGUGACUGCAAUGUUGUAAUGUAUUCAAUAAAAUUAAAUGUCUUUGAUAAAU